UGGGAUGGGUGGCCCUUUCCUCUCAACAGCCAGCUUGGAAAAAUAUUCCCUUUGUGAACUGUCCCUCAUCCCAGCAGACUUGGAGAACCCUCGGCGACCUCCCAGAGGGGUGGCACCCGAGCAGGAGGGAUUACCCGUGGUGGUCAGAAGAGGUGUGGGAGCCUUUGUCCCUGAUGUCCCCCGAGCAGAAGGUCCCUGCUGCCUGCGCACGCCGCUCUCAUCGGGCUGGUAUUCCCUCUGUCCGAAUUCGGGAGCGUCGGGAGCCGCCACUCCCUCUGAUCCCUCCUCCUGCCAAGGACUGGUGCUGAGCAUGCACCCCAUGGGAUCCUGCAGCCAACACCUGCCAGGUGUGGUCCAGCCACGCUCGCCCAAAUGCAGACAAGCCCUGGAAAGCCUCAACAGCUCCACCUCUACCUGGAGCUCUAAUGACUGCUCUCUACCAAGGACUAGCUGGAGGCAGUGCCAGAAGCCCUCCCAGCUGCCUCACCCUCAAAUAAGCAGUGGCUCAGAGAAGAAUCUGAUUUUUCCCCUGCAGGGAGAGGAGGAAAGGUGGAAGAACAGGAUCAGCUUGCUGCUGGCUGGCCAUGUGGGCACUGAGGUCUUGUGUUGGAAGCCUGGUUGCUGAGAAUUUUGGACUUUCUGUGCUGACAGGCACUGACCCCCAAGAGAACUCUGCAUUUGACCUGAGGCCGUGGAGAAGCUUCCAAAAUGGAAUGACAGAACUGGGAUUGUGGGUGUGGAGUUUGAGUAGAAGUGUGUGAUACCACAUGGUGGGAAACUUAGAGUUCAAGGGUUUAGAAUACAGUCAUAUAUACAAACAAGAUGGAGG